AUGGGUGAGCAGUUUCCAGAAAUUGUUGUCGAUAAAGUAUUCAACUUACGCGCACUGGAAACUCUUUGGAGCAUUCCUACUACAAACAUUGAGGAGUACGCUGAGAUUGAUAGGAAGGUUAAUAUUGACAAUUCCAAGAAUGCUAGCCUUGACUGCAGUGCAAAGGCAGACCGCGGCCUCAAGGUCAGCCAAGCCUUGGAUGAGCGAGCAACAUGGCUUUACAGGACAAGUCCCUGUGGUUGCAGAGGUGUAAGUGAAGAAGAGGAGGUUGAGAGAAACGAAGAGUGCAAGGGGGGUUCUUGGAGCCAUUUGUUUGUGUAG